AUGUUCUCCUCAUUCCCUGUAGUGAGCGUAGCUAAUCUUGCGGAAAGUUACGACUACAUCAUUGUCGCAGGUGGCGGUACAGCGGGAUGCGUGCUGGCAAACCGCUUGAGCGAGGACGAGAGGGCGUCGGUACUCCUCGUCGAGCGCGGUGGUAUCCAAGAUGGCUGGAUCUCCCGCAUCCCCUUGCUGUCUUCCCACUUCGCAUCAGAUGGCUCGCGAACUCGCAUAUGGAAGUCGACACCGCAGACUAAUGCUAAUGGCCGCGUGUUCGAACUGGCUGGAGGGAAAUCUCUGGGCGGGUCGUCAAGAAUAAAUGCCAUGCUUUACACCCGAGGUAUUCCGGCAGAGUACAACUCGUGGAGUCAAGCUGGUCGCGACGGAUGGAGCUACAAUGACAUCCAACCUUACUUCGUCAAGUCGGAGACGGAUCUAGAUCAAGAUCCACGCAACGCGUCGGACUUCCACGGCACGACAGGUUGCGAAUGGCAGAACCGAUCCUAUCAACAGUCCGUCUGGGGCCAUACUGAGCCAAUCAUCAAAGCAUCAGAGGCGAUGGGGGUACCUUACGUAGACGACCUCAAUUCUCCCUUGCAUCCGUCACACGGCUGCGCAAAAAUGCACUUCACGAUCGACAGACAUGGCUACCGUUCAUCGACAUUCUCCGCUUUCCUACCCAAGCAGCUUGCCCAGGAACGCAGCAAAAAUCUGCAUGUUUGCGUGCAUGCGGUGGUGUGUAAAAUUGACAUUGAGACGACCGACGGCGAACACUGCAGAAGGGCCCGAGGGGUGCACGUGCGGUCUGCGAAGGGUAGAAUGGCCAGGCGGCUUGUACACGCCCGAAAAGAAGUCAUACUUGCGUCCGGCCCAAUCUCCUCUCCACAUGUUCUCAUGUUGAGCGGCAUCGGACCUGCAUCACAUCUUCGCGAACACGGGAUUGCGGUCGUCAAAGACUUGCCCGGAGUAGGAUCACAUCUACAAGACCACUUAGGUGUCGCGGUCCAGUACCGCGUCCCCCUGCGAGACUCCGUGAUACAGCUCCAGCUACGCCCUUGGCUCAUCUUGAAGGAGCUCUUUCUCUACAUUCUCUUCGGGACAGGUUUGCUGCUCGCUCCCGUGCUCGAACUGUCUAUCUUCUUGCAGUCGCGCCUAUUCGACGACAAAUACCACAUUGUGACUCCGAGCAAAACGGACGAGGAUGCCUCGUUGCCUCAUAACAUUCCAGACAUCGAGGUGAUGCCGAUCGCCUGGCGCGAUAUAGCGGCUGCACAAGCCGAUAAUGAUGGAGGCAUCGGGUUUCUCUGCAUCCCACUUCGCCCGACGUCCACGGGCACCGUGCGCCUCGCGUCCAGCGAUCCGCUCGACGAGCCCGUCGUCGACCUGAACUACCUCUCAACCGAAUACGACAUGGACAUGUUCCGCAAGGCCAUCCGGUUCACGCGGAAGCUGAAGGACGAGAUCGUCGCGCGCGGGUACAACAUGAUCGACUACCUCGUGCCUGCAAGCGACGCGGACGCGGACGUCGACGCAUUCAUCCGUCGAGUGUGCCAGACGUCGUACCAUUACUCCUCCACGUGCCGGAUGGCGCCUGAGGAGGAUGGCACGCGCUCCGGCGGUGUGUUGGACGAUCGCCUGCGGGUGCAUGGUGUGAGAGGACUGCGUGUAGCGGACUCGAGUGCUUUCCCGCAUAUUUUGAGCACGCAUCUCGCCGCGGCUACCGUGGCGCUCGCUGAGAAGUGCGCGGACAUGAUCAAGGAGGACAACGCCGAGGCCCCAGGGAAUGCUAUAGACGUAGCUGAGAAGAAGAGCUAA